AAACCCUUUCUCCAAAGUCGAAGCAGCAGGAGCCAUGGAACCCAAGUCAAACCCACGACCGAAAAGAAAAAAGAUCAAUCAGCGUCUGAAAAGUUUCCCAUCUUAUUCUUCUUCCUCUGAUCAUGAUCCUAAUCAUCAGGAAUCAGACCCAUCGUUGAUGCCCGAUUUGCCUGAAGAACUCAUCAUUGAAAUCCUUUCCAGAUUACCCACUGAAUCACUGGGGAGAUUCAAGUGUGUUUCGAAAUCAUGGCUUUCUUUGAUCUCAAGCCAAGAAUUCUUCAACGCCCAUUUCGAGAUUGCAUACAGAAUGGACGCUGAUUGCGAACACUACUUUUGUCUCCACUGUAUGUUCCUUCUCAAACAGCGCGCUGCCUUCCCUUAA